AUGGAACAGCCCACAGUGAGAAGGAGAGGGAGGGGCUGGGUGGGGCAGGAGGGGGGGUGUAGGGGUGGGGCUGGGUGGGGCAGGAGGGGGGGGUUGGGUGGGGCAGGAGGGUGGGGGUGUAGGGUGGGGUUGGGUGGGGCAGGAGGGGGGGGUGUAGGGGUGGGGUUGGGGUGGGGCAGGAGGGGGGAGGGGGGGUUGGGUAGGGGGGUAGGGUGGGGCUGGGUGGGGCAGGAGGGGGUGGGUGUAGGGGUGGGGUGGGUGGGGCAGGAGGGGGGGUGUAGGGGUGGGGUUGGGUGGGGCAGGGUGGGGGGGUUGGGUGGGGGAGUCUUUGAUCAGACUCGGCACGGUGGCUGA